ACCUCCAUGCUGAAAAGGGGAGAAAUAAUAAAACUUUCGCAGCAAAAAUAGCAUCCGCACCUGCCGCAUGUCCAUGCAUCGUUCAUGCGGCUAGUCGACUACUCCGACUCCUCCGAAUCCGAAGAGGGCCGAGGAGAGGAUGAGGCAGCAGCCCUCCCUCCCCUUCCCGCCAGCUUCCUCGACCAGUAUUCCUCCGCGGUGAGGGGGAGUGUGCGCGAUGAUCCCUCGCUGCAUGGCGGCCGGCAGAGGAUCACGCCGCACGUUGAGGGCAACUGGCCGAGCCAUGUGUACCUGGAGUGGCAUCCCCAAUCGAAGGAAGCAGCACAUCUUCACAACCUCCUCACCCACCUACAACAAACCACCCCGCAGCACCAAAUCCACAGCCUCCUCCAAACCCCCCUAGGAGCCCCCCAACCCCUGCACAUCUCCCUCUCCCGGCCUCUAACCCUCAAAACCCCGCAAAAGGACCCCUUCCUCACCCACCUCCGCAACACCAUCAGCAGCAGCAACAUCUCCCAAUUCUCCGCUCGGCUAGGCGACCUCACAUGGCAUCCUAACGAAAGCGGCGCGCGUUGGUUCCUUGUUCUGCGAUGUUUGCAGGGCGGUGACAGUGAGAUGACGAAGGUCCUUGCGAUUUGCAAUUCCGUAGCGGAGGGGUUUGAUCAGCCGCUGCUUUAUCAUGAUCACGAUGAGAACGGCGACGGCCAGAGUACGAAGACGCCCGGAGUGGAGGGCAAGUUCCACAUCAGUAUUGCCUGGUCGCUGCAGGCGCCAGCAUUAUCGACAGGCCCGGGACCCGGCCAGGCGAAGCACAUGGGGAUUCCCAUCGAAGGGCAGGGAGCUGUGCCGCAGCAGUUACUGGACGUGCUCGCCUCGCUGCAGAUUCACUUCGACCAAGUCAAGAUCCGCAUCGGGCAGGAUGUGCAUUUCAUCCCACUCAGGGCGCGCAGACGAUCAAACAUAGACGCAUGAAAUUCACGACGUUUUUG